AUGAAGUGCCUCGUGGUGCUCCUUGCGGUCCUCGCUCUCUCCCAGGGUGGGGAGAUCACCAGGAUCCCGCUGUACAAAGGGAACACGACGAGGAAGGCCCUCAAGGAGCACGGGCUUCUGGGGGACUUCCUGAAGAAGCACCAGGUCGAACUGAGCAGGAAGCGCUCCCACUCCGGCGUGGUGGCCAGAGAGGCCCUGACCAACUACCUGGACGUUCAGUAUUUUGGGAAGAUCCAUAUUGGGACGCCACCCCAGGAGUUCACCGUGGUGUUUGAUACAGGCUCCUCGGACUUCUGGGUGCCCUCCAUCUACUGCAAGAACAAGGCCUGCAAAAUCCACCGGCGCUUUGACCCAGCCAAGUCCUCCACCUUCCAGCACAUGCACAAGCCCCUGUCCAUCCAGUACGGCACAGGCAGCAUGCAGGGCGUCCUGGGCAAUGACACGGUCAUUGUUGCUGGCAUUGUGGACACACACCAGACUGUGGGCCUGAGCACCAAGGAGCCUGGCGAUGUCUUUGUCUACUCGGAGUUCGACGGGAUCCUGGGCAUGGGCUAUCCGAACAUCGCCUCCCCUCACUCGGUGCCGGUGUUUGACAACAUGAUGCACAAGCACCUGGUAGCCGAGAACCUGUUUUCAGUUUACAUGAGCAGGUCUGGCGAGGGAAGCAUGCUCACACUGGGCGGCAUCGACUCCCACUGCUACACAGGUGACCUGCACUGGGUGCCCGUGAGUGUGCGGGGCUACUGGCAGUUCACCCUGGACAGGGUCACCGUGGACGGCAAGGUGGUGGCUUGUGAGCGGGGCUGCCAGGCCAUCCUAGACACGGGCACUUCCUUGCUGAUCGGUCCCGACAGCGAGAUCCUCCACAUCCAGAGAGCCAUUGGGGCCUCCGAGGGGGAGUACGGAGAGUUCGGCCUCAGCUGCAAGAACCUGAGCAGCAAGCCCACAGUGGUCUUUGAGAUCAACGGCAGGAAGUUCCCAUUGUCGCCUUCCGCCUACACCAACAAGGACAAGGACUUGUGCUACAGCGGCUUCGAGGGCGGUUCCCAGCUGUGGAUCCUGGGGGAUGUCUUCAUCCGGGCGUACUACAGUGUCUUCGACAGGGCCAACAACCGCGUGGGACUGGCCACAGCUAUCUGA